UAACUUCACUUGCUCAGCUCUAACCUUUACCACCAUGCCCCCCAAAGCUGACUGGGAAAAAUACGAGAAGAAGAUUGAUGAGAAGGACGAGAAGAUUGUGGCCCUCGAUGACAGCGACAUCCAAAUCCUCAAGACCUACGGUCAAGGCCCGUAUGCGCAGAAGCUGAAGGCGGUUGAGUCAGACAUCAAAGACGUGCAAAAGCGGAUAAAUGAGGUCCUCGGCGUGAAGGAAUCGGACACUGGACUCGCUUCACCCAAUCUCUGGGACUUGGCUGCCGACGGUGCACGUCAUCAAGAACAGGUUCUUCAAGUCGCCCGGUGUACAAAGAUUAUCCCUGUUGACCCCGCGGCGGCGGCGGCAGCCAAAGCGCUCAGUCCUCUUGGCGCGCUACAAGGCAACAAAGGCGCUGACGAGCAAGAUAAAUAUGUUGUCAAUCUCAAGCAGAUUGCCAAGUUUGUCGUUGGCCUCGGUGAUCGGGUGGCUUCCGAUGAUAUCGAGGAGGGAAUGCGUGUGGGUGUCGACCGAACCAAAUAUCAAAUUCAAAUUCCAUUGCCGCCAAAGAUCGAUGCGUCUGUGACGAUGAUGCAGGUCGAAGAAAAGCCCGAUGUGACCUACUCGGAUGUUGGCGGCUGCAAAGAACAGAUCGAGAAACUCAGGGAAGUCGUCGAAACCCCCUUGCUCUCACCCGAACGUUUUGUCAAUCUUGGAAUCGACCCACCCAAAGGAGUGAUGCUUUACGGUCCGCCCGGAACUGGUAAGACACUUUGCGCAAGAGCCGUCGCCAAUAGGACGGAUGCGACAUUCAUCCGUGUUAUUGGAUCCGAGUUGGUGCAGAAGUAUGUCGGCGAGGGUGCUCGUUUGGUCCGAGAGUUGUUCGAGAUGGCUCGGAGUAAGAAAGCCUGCAUCAUCUUUUUUGACGAAGUCGAUGCGAUUGGUGGUGCCCGAUUUGAUGACGGCGCUGGAGGCGACAAUGAAGUACAGCGGACGAUGCUGGAGCUGAUCAACCAAUUGGACGGCUUCGACCCACGAGGAAAUAUUAAAGUUCUCAUGGCUACUAACCGGCAAGUGUUUUCUUUGCCUGAUGCGGAAGGGCGUGCACAUAUUCUGCGAAUCCAUGCCCGCAGCAUGAGCGUUGAGCGAGACAUUCGAUUCGAUCUCAUCGCUCGCUUGUGUCAAGGAACCACAGGAGCUGAGUUGCGAUCUGUGGCCACCGAGGCUGGGAUGUUUGCCAUCCGAGGUAGACGAAAGGUAGCGUCUGAGAGAGACUUUUUGGAUGCAGUACAAAAAGUCGUCAAGGAGGGAACCAAAUUCUCCAGCACUCCCUUGUACCAGGUGUACAAUUAGUACUACUUAUGCUAAUGGUUUUUUCUGUAUGAUCUUUGACGCGUAGUUUCAUGUUUCCCUUUCCAAGUCCACAGUGGCACAUCUUUGGGGAUCAUUUGGUACUUGACCUUGCGUACAGCCCGUUUCCGCUCGUCAUUUCCCUUAGGCUGGUCUUUCUCUGAAUGCCGCAGGGCGAUCUGGGCUCGCAUCCCCCGCCGGAGGAUAUUGAUCAGCGGGAAUUCGUCUAGUUGGUCGCCAGAGACGUGGUUGUGUUGAUUGAGAAUCUCAUCGACGGUGGGAAUGCGACCGCUCUGGGAAGCGAUGACAGUUGCGACAGCAGUUCGGCGCACGCUGUUAUGCUCGAUGAGACGCUCCAUGAUCCAACGAUACGCUUUGUGCGGAUUGGGAUCCAGGGUCAUGUGGUCGAAUGGGCCCAUCAGCUCCAGCGCGAAGCGUGGGGCGUUUUUCUUCUUCAACCUCGCGAUGUAGAUGUCAAAGUAGACUUUGCGGGCCAUAUAGCGGAGAAGGACAAAGUAAGUCCGCUCGUUGACGCCCAGUCCAAGAUCGAUCGUAGUGCUCAGCGCAAUGAUGGCUGCGGGAUAGUCGUCAACGUACAGGAACGUACGGAAUGCUAUAAGCAAGAGACUGCGGUCGGUUUCGAGUUGACGCUGAGCCACAGAAGGGAUAUCGGACCGAGGCGGAUGGAACCGUUCGCUGAAGCACAGGGACAUCAUGUCCGCAAAAAGAAGUCGGGGAGGCACCACUAUUCCUUUGUCCUGAUCCCGUCUUGACGCAUUUUGCCGAUACUUGUUCUUGUACUGGAAUCCGAGCAAUCGGAACAAAUUCUGGUACGUGUUUGCAUCGGGCUUGAGCGGAGUCGUCAUCGCAAGCCGCAUGAUGACGCUGUAAAACGCAAAAGCUUUGCGUAGGCCACGAAACAGUUUCUCGCGAGCGAUGAGAGAGUUGAACACAGCGAUGUGGAUGGGCACAUCCUUCUCCUGCAUGAUUCCCAUGAUACGAUCCACAGCCUCUUGGUCUGAUCUUGUUCCCGGCGCCGUGCGCAAGAUUUGAGCGUAGGGCUGCGUCCGAUUCUCGAAGGUGGGGCGCGAACCACCCUGGUAUUCGAACUCCACUAUAGUCCUGGCAGCCAUGUCGAUCUCUCCCGCCCGAGUGUGCAGUUCGAUCAGUUUCGUGACGAGAUUGGGCGAGGGCCAGUAACCCUCGGCCUUGACAGAAAUGAACAGUCUUGUGAGUCGCGCUGCGAUACGAGGGGAAAUCUCGAGGGUAUCAAUAUGCUUCAGCAGCUCCAUGAGAUGAACUUCUGUGAACGACCGGUACGAGAGAAUGGCCUCGAAUCCCUCCAGCUGCUCCUCGUUCGAAGUCUUGGACACAGCGAGUGCAACAGCCAGAAAGAGGGCAUCCGUGGAAGGGGAGGGGAGGAGACCAUCUUCGAUCAUUUGUUGGUAAACCGCCCCAGCUUGCUCGUAAGACCUGCGCUCGAAUAGGAAGCGAAUGACAUUUUCUCCCACUUUGGAUCGGGAGGGUAUUUGAAGGUCGUUGCCGCGUAGACGUUGACGCAGCCAUGCGCUCUGGUUCACAUUGUGGUCCUGUUUUAUGAGGUCCAUGACCUCCAUGAACGAGGCCGCUACUUCAUCCGCAUGUUGCUCCACUGCUGGCUCCGGCGAGAUGGGAAGUUUGCUUGCAGCAGCGGCGUGCGAAGCGUACCGUGAAGACAAACGGUCUCGCAAGAAUAUAUGAGGCUGGAGAGACAAGAAACGAAGAGGAGAUGAGCGACGAGAAAAACUAAGCCAUGAACGCAUGCAGUUUGCUCAUGAAAGUUGCAUCGAAAGG